GGCGCGCCGAACGAGCACUAGCCAUGCCGCCGGCCUCCGCGCGGAGCGGGCAGCGCCGUUGCAGUUAGCCCCGCCGAGAGACCCAUGGAUUACGCGGUGCGCUGGUUCGCCGCUGCCUGGGCCGUGCUCUUCCUCGCCUUGCUCCUGCGCACGGCAACGACUGUGAAGGUGUCCGAAGGCGUGAACGGCAUCAGCCAUUUCAACAGGCGGCGGCUCAUCGACCCCAAGAUGGAGGCGUAUCGGGAAUCCAUGGCGAUGCGGUGGCAGCUCAUCAUGGAGCCAGCGCGCGUGUGCAAGAAGAAGCGAUUGCUGCGCGGCCGCAAGGCGCGCAUUUGCCGCAAGGAGCCCAAGGUGGUGCGCGAGAUCGCGCGCGGCGUGGACCUGGGAAUCCGAGAGUGCCAGAACCAGUUCCGCUUCCACCGAUGGAACUGCUCCACGCUUCGGUCGUCCAUGAAGAAAGUGCUCAUGAAAGACACUCGCGAGGCGGCGUUCGUGGACGCCAUCGUGGCGGCGGGUGUGGUGUACGCGCUGACAGAGGCGUGCGCCCAGGGUCGCCUGCUCGAUUGCCAAUGCAGGCGGCGGCACAACGCCGCAAACCACCUGCAGGGGCGCACAGGCUGCGACCACUUCGUCGACUUCGGAUAUCACAAGUCGCGCGACUUCAUGAACCGGAAGCGCGUCGGUGACCUGCGCGCCACCAUCCUGUCGCACAACUACGAAGCCGGAAGACAGGCCGUGCGACUGCACCUGGAACGCGUGUGCCGCUGCCACGGCAUGUCCGGCACCUGCUCGCUGAAGACGUGCUGGCGCAAGCUGCCCACCUUUAGCAAGGUGGGGCUGCGGCUCAAGCAGCGCUUCCAGGGCGCGGUGCGCGUCACCGCCGGCAACUCGGGCAAGGGCUUCGUGCCGGAGACUGUGCGACCGCCGGGACGCGAGGACAUCGUCUUCUCCGAGGAGUCGCCCGACUACUGCGAGGCCGACCGGCGCACCGGAUCCCUGGGCACGAGGGGGCGUCUCUGCAAGCUGGGCUCGCAGGGUCCCGACGACUGCCGGACCCUGUGCUGCGGUCGCAAGGUGCGCAGCCGGCAGACGGUGGUGAGCGUGGCGUGCAACUGCACCUUCCAGUACUGCUGCAACGUCACGUGCCAGACGUGCCUCGAGACUCUGCACGAGACGACGUGUCUAUAGGAGGCAUGGUUCCUCGGCAACGCGGCUGUUUGUGAACCACCAAAGACUGCUCCUCUGGAAGCGUGCCGUUGUGCUGUGCCAUCGCCUUAACUUAGCUUUACUGUGAACGCUGCGAGGAACUAGUGUUUGGCUUAGUGAAAGAGAGAGAAAAAAAAAGAGACGCGUGGUGAGACUGCGAGCCUUCCUCGAUUGCCCGAGCGGGGGACAUCGACGUUGUUUCGAAACGACGUAUACAGGCGAAUGACAGAGAACUGCCUCCUCCUUCUUCAUUCGAACGCUGCAGUUAGCUUUUUUUUUUUUUUUAGUAGCUCUCUCGCGCCUCCUUCGCACCUUCGAUAACGCCGGUAACGAAGAUUCGAAGCACCGUGUGAGAAGUGUUUCUAACAGUGGUCUGAGACAGAGCUUAGAAAGAUGGGUCCACAAGGGGCAGGCUUCCGCCGGACACGUCAGCGGCGCGGGCUCGCCAGACUUUAGGACAGAAACAAAACAAAAAGAACAAAAGUGCUUCUUCAUUUUCGACAAGGUCUGUGAUAUAGUGAACAGUGGGCUCCGUGAGCUCGUGCUUUGAACGACCGGCGGCCUGUUUUGUGUGUCUGUGCGUGUGUGUGUUUGUGCUUUGCGUGUAUACAUGUGUGGACUGGAAAGCCGGUAUUUCGGGCAAGGUGUGCCGAUGGUUCGUUGAAUAUCGCGUCCACCGGUGGCUUUCAGAGCCUUGGAAGCUGUGUGUUUGCGCGCGCGCUUGCGGACAGUCUUAUACACCAAUUGCGCGACGUGUGUCGACAGUGAAUCGAGUGUCGAAGGCUUUUUUUUUAUGUUGUUGCUACUUUUGGCAAUUGAAGAAGAGGACAGUUGUUUGCUGCUCCUUGGCCUUCGCGGCUGAUGGCAUUUAAGACAUGGUAUAGUCAAGUUUCCACGCUUUUGUGUUCUUCCUGUGGUUCUUUUUUUUUCUUUUUCUUUUUUUUUUUUCCAGUCAGGAGCAAGAGAUGAGAUGGUUGUUUAUAGUAUUGUGGGGCCCCUUGAGGUCGCGCACAUGGAUGUUUGCAGGCUAUGCGAAAAAAAUUCUUAAUAUGCACGGCUAUUUGAUGUAUAGUUUAAGGCAUUUCAUUAACGUGCGUGUGUCAGCGCAAUUUACGUGUCGGCUUUCCAUGUCGUGUUAGCUCGUGACGUAGUAUUGUUGUUAGCGACAUACGCGUUUUUUUGGUGAGACGCUGGUGACUUUAUUGCGGCUCGUGUAGAAUGUUGAUCGUGCUCGUCUAUCACGAUAAGCUUUCCGACGGUUGCUUUCUAAGCAAGACAAAAUAGGAAUGACGCAUAUUUUUUUCUUUUUUUUUUUUGAGACAGGGAGGGCGGACGCAGUUUAAAGCUCAAUCGACUAAUUUAUAAAUCGGCGGAUUUCCUCACAGCGAUAUUUGUUCUUUUUACUAUGUGAAAAAAAAUUUCGCCUGAGAAAAGCUUCGUUCUAGACAACGGCGAUCGACGCUAUUGUGUAGUACCGCUUUGAAUAGUAUAGGUGUUCGCAUUCAAGCAUUUUUCGUCGUAAGCUUCUUAUAAUGGCUUUUUUUUUACGUGAAAGCGUGUCACUUUGGAACAAAAACAAACUGCUGUAGAACACGUGAUUUCAACACUCACCUAAGUCAUUGUGCCCAGUCAGCUUGGUUAUAUUUAAUUGCCUGCACCUUCAGACAAUACACACAAAAAAUGCACCGAUGUGUUGUGCCAAAGAUGACAACGCGAGGCAAAUGAGCUGCACGCUUACUCGCGGAAGGUUUUCAUUAACGUGAACAUGUGCUUCGCCGCGAAAGCUUAAAUUUUUAACAUUUCUCGUUUACUUGCCUCAUUUCAUAUUUUUUUUUAUUCUUUUUUCUUCGGAGAAUGACUAUAGCUGCUUUCAGACCACAGUCAAUGUAGUAGACUCCCAUUAAUGAAUUACCACUGUAACAGCAACAUUUAAUAAGACGCUGUGCUAUGGAAAACUGUUAGCGGAUAAUUGUAGUAUUGCAGCUGUACCGAUGUCUGCGUCCUUAUUUAUUGUGUUGCAAGAAGCAUUUAUAGCAUUAUUCACGUAGCUCCGAUGACAUUCACAACACCAAAGCGAACAGAAACGAUGCAUUCGAAUCCCCUGUUCGAUAUCGAACCGAAAAUUGGAUGCCUCUAGCACUCACCAUACAAGCACUGUUCAAGAAAAAGGAAUCGUCAUCAAAGCUGUUGGAGCCGUGUUAUAAUCGGCGUAAUUUUAGAGUCGUCUCGCGUAAAUUUAACACGUGAUUUUGCAAACUUCGUGUUAUACGGCGGAAACCAGUACGAGCUCAUCUUCGUCGUUAAUAGUUUUUUCGCUGCGCCUUUGCAAAAUCUAGGGUAGGGCUAAGUUCAAACUGCAACUGACGUAGUUAGCAUAAGUAAUGACGUCACAACCUCAUUAACCCACCAGUAUCGUACUACCAAAAUUUAUUACGUCACACACAAAAGCGACUACGUCAUUGAGAGGAGUAUAGCGUCACGCGUAAAGAUAUCGUAGCAGACUAUAUAUACUAUUCGCUGACGUCCAUUGUUUCAAGCACGCGAUGACGUUACAGAAAGAAAAUUUUCCUACAUGAGAGCAGAAAGACGCGAUCACUUCUGCAGUGUCGGCACGAUGUCACAUAAUUUCCAUGUUUUUCCAUGACAGAGCCAGAAGCUUUAAUUUCCAGCAAAAGCGACGUCUUCUACGUUUUGAGCUUAUUUGAAAUGACUUAACUUAUUCUAUUACGCGACACCGGCAUUUUGUUUUUAUUUCUACACGGGCACCAUUGCGAUGAUUUGUUUACCACCAGCGUGCCUUCAGUGCCAUCAGAAACAUUUUUUUUUUUUGCCUUCAGUCUUUAUGUGCACUAUAAAGAUAUUGUUUCGUAAACUACUGUUGUAUCUGUGUUGCUUCAGUUUCGCGGCUGCGAAA